ACAGUCAACAGUUAAAGCUGUUUGUUUCAGAGUUUGUUGGUGUCCUGCUCAGCACUUGCCUUAUAGGUUGUUGGGCUUCAUCUGUAAAAAAAAAUGUCUUCUGGAUUUUGUGUGAGAGUGCUUGUGCUUUCGCUGUUGACUUUUGGCCAGCAUGCAAAGGCACUCAGCUACAGAAGUGGUGGUUCCAAAGAUGUUACACCUCACUUUAAUUUUCAAAGAAGCCUUGAACCUGCUUCAUCUGAGAACCUGAAGCCAGCUGCUGCACCGAGUGCCGGAGGUCCUAGUGGUUCUUCUGUUAGGCAAGUAGAUGGAUACAGUCCAGAGGGAAGUGUUUCUAGUUACAGGCCUGGCCCACUGAUCAUUCAGAAAUCCAGACUAAAUUUCCAGCAGCCACUUGAAACUAACCCUAAUGCAGGAGUCCUUCAGACAGAAGCUGAAAUUCCACAGACUGAAUACCAUGAGUUGGGUAUCGCAUCAAGUUAUGGCAUUACGCUGCAUUUUCCCGAACCGGAGUCCACUUGGCAGUCCAAGCCCAAGCAGCGCUCCUUCCCAGCCAAGUCCCAGCAGCCCGCCUACCCAGCCAAGUCCCAGCAGCCCGCCUACCCAGCCAAGUCCCAGCAGCCCGCCUACCCAGCCAAGUCCCAGCAGCCCGCCUACCCAGCCAAGUCCCAGCAGCCUGCCUACCCAGCCAAGUCCCAGCAGCCUGCCUACCCAGCCAAGUCCCAGCAGCCCGCCUACCCAGCCAAGUCCCAGCAGCCCGCCUACCCAGCCAAGUCCCAGCAGCCCGCCUACCCAGCCAAGUCCCAGCAGCCCGCCUACCCAGACUACCCAGCCAAGCCCCAGCAACGCGCCUACCCAGACUACCCAUCCAAGCUGCAGCAACCUGUAGACCCGGUCAGGCCCCAGCAACGCGCCUACCCAGACUACCCAGUCAGGCCCCAGCAACGCGCCUACCCAGACUACCCACCCAAGCUCCAGCAACCCAUAAACCCUGUCAGGCCCCAGCAACGCGCCUACCCAGACUACCCACCCAAGCUCCAGCAACCCGUAAACCCAGUUAGGCCCCAGCAACGCGCCUACCCAGACUACCCAUCUAAGCUCCAGCUACGCGCCUACCCAGACUACCCACCCAAGCUCCAGCAACCCGUAGACCCGGUGAGGCCCCAGCAACGCGCCUACCCAGACUACCCAUCUAAGCCCACCGACUCAAACCCAACAAUUAAUCUUGAUCCAAGAAGUUCAAUUCCAAUGGCAUCCCCUCACCAUCCUAGGUGGAAGCAACGCCUAAUCCCUGUGCCUGUGCACAACAGAUAUCCUUAACCUUUGGUAUCCUAACUAUUCCCGAUUUCUUUCUGGAAGCUGUCUGGUUUUUGUUUGUUUUCCAAUAAAGCACUGAAACUGUACUAC